AUGCCAGAGGGAAAAAAGCACGAGAAGCUACUCUACGACUACGAUUACCGACCGCUCCUCGCCGUCCUCAUCCUCUUCACCCCCAAUUUCAUCCCUCGGAUGGCGGUGGAGAUAAAGUCUCUCACCAUUUCUGACGACUCUAGGCCGAUGAUUCUCUUCCAAAAGUUUGGAUUCACUCAACUGGACACGUUAGCGUCUCUGUUUCCUCCGUAUCAGUAG